AUGCCCUUCCACCCCUCCUCCCUCCCAGAUCUCACCGGCCGCACGUAUAUCGUAACCGGCGCGACUUCCGGCAUCGGCUUCUUCACCGCAUCCCACCUCGCCUCCCACGGCGCCCACGUCUACAUCUGCGCGCGUACCGCCUCAAAAGGUGCUACUACCACCUCCCUCAUAAAAUCCACGCACCCCACCGCAAAUCUCAGCGUCCUAGUCCUGGACCACACGCGCCUAUCCAGCGUCGUGGCCGGCGCGCAAGACUUCUUGUCUAAAGAAACGGCACUACAUGGACUGGUCAAUAACGCGGGUAUCAUGGCGACGCCGUACAGCAUCACAGAGGAUGGGUACGAGGAGCAGUGGCAGGUGAAUUAUCUCGCGCAUUGGGUGUUGACGGCUUGGUUGAUGCCGGUUAUGCGGGAGACGGCGAGGGCGAGUGAGAGGGGCGUUGUGCGGAUUGUUAAUUUGUCAUCGUAUGGGCAUCAUUCGGCGCCGGGUGGGGGGAUUGAUUUUGAGGACACGAGUCUCAAGAGCACGAGUAAUAUGGCAAGGUAUGGGCAGUCGAAGUUGGCGAAUGUACUGCAUGUGAAGACGUUGCAUGGAUUGUAUGGGCCGGGGUCGGAGGGCGAGGGGGAGGGUGAGGUGUGGGUUUCGGCGGUACAUCCGGGACUUGUGAGUACGAGUCUGGAUAAGAAGGCUGAGCUGCCAGGUUUUGUUAGGUUCUUGAUCGCGCCGUACCGAUGGAUUGGAGGGUUUGUUGAUGCGGAUAAGGGGUCUUGGACCAGCUUGUUCUGUGCUGCGGCGAAGGAGAUGAAGCGCGAGGAUUGUGGGAAGUACUGGCAGAGACUUGCGGAUCCGAAUGGGUGGCAGAGUAGUGCGGCGAAAGACUUGGAACUCGCGGAGAGGUUGGAGGAGUGGACGAAGAAGGAAAUGACAAAAGGGGGGUGGUUAGUUGAUGAUGGAAAGGCAAGUGCGCAAUUAUGA